AUGGGCCGCGUAUUCUGUGAUACAAUCCCUCCUGUUGGUUUGGGAACUUUCCGACUCAAACAUGACUCAGUGAAGCCAGCUUUACGUGAUGCGAUUCGACUUGGGUACCGUCACAUCGAUACAGCAACCAUCUACCGCAACGAAAUUCAGAUUGGCGAAGUUCUUCAGGAGCUAUACGCCUCAGACGCAAGCAACAUAUCCCGAUCUGACCUCUGGAUCACCUCCAAAUUGUCUCCAUACGACAUGGCAACACCACGAAAUUCUCUCCUCAAGUCACUCUCGGCACUUCAAACCUCUUACCUGGACUUGUAUCUCAUCCACUGGCCUGCUAUGGCACGAAAGCCGGCCACAAGCCCAGAGAAUAAGAAGUUGCGCCUUGAAGCGUGGAAAGUGCUGAAUGAGGCCAAAAAGCAGGGGCUGGUCAGGCAUAUUGGGGUCUCAAAUUUCACUGUCGAGCACCUGAGGGAGUUGAGUGAGACUGAGUGGGGUAUCAAAGAUACAUUUGUUCAGAUGGAGGUACAUCCUUGGUAUUGGAGAGACGCAGCUGAGAUCCAGAAGGUCUUCGCAGACCAAAAUCUGAGGAUGGUCGGCUACGCACUUCUUGCUGAAGGAAAGUUGAUGGCUGAUGAUUGCCCUGGAAUUAUCGGCCAAAUCGCACAGAGGACUGGCUUGACGAAGGUUCAGGUGGUGCUAUCGUGGGCGCAGAAGAAGAACUGGGGUGUUUUAGUGAAGAGUGAAAAUGAAGAUCACCUACGGCAAAACCUGGAGACACCAAUUGUAAUGGAUACCUUAACGCCUGAUGAUAUUCAAGCAAUCGACAAUAUUUCUUCGGAGAGAGAAGAAAAGCGGUGCUGGGAUCCCAGACUUGUCAAGUGA